UGGUGCUGUUAAGGAUAUUGUUACAUUUUUAUAUUUGGAAUAGCAGAAUUUUGGAUGAAGAUUAAUAUAGUGCAAAAAAUGACAGAAUUUGCACAAUUCGUGGAUGAAAUUUUGUGAAAUCAUUGUCCAGGAAAUGUGAAUAUUUUAUUAUCAAUUUAGCAAGGGUGAAAAGUAUCAUAAAUGUAAGGAAAAUUUUUAAAAAUGUAGCCUUUGAGAGGUUUGUAGAUCAGCAAAGCAGAAAUGACCUUUUGCUUGACGCCGCACAAUUUAUGAAAAUUUGCAGUGGCUCAAUAUGUACAUCAAUAGCGGUAUAUUUUACACUUUGCAAUCAUCCUUUGUCACUUUUUAAUCCGAGACUGAAACCAAACGCACAACAGAAUGCGCGGCAAUACCGUGAAAUUGCCAAAUUGUGAGCCGUCAUAACUAAGUACAAAUCAUUUAUAAUACAUCUAUUACUAUGUUAUAACAGGUUACCAAACGAAGGAUUGUUGAAUUCAUUUUAUCUUUGAUUUACAAUGCUGCCACACGGUCGUUGCUUGUAAUUUUUUAAAAACAUUUUCUUUUCACCUGACCUGCAGCGCGAUGUCCGAGUCGUCUCGUGUGGGUCGCCCGGACCAAGAUGGUCCUCACCUCCAUUCCGGGGGCGACGCAGCACGAGCGCGAGGCGCUGUGUACAGUCUUUAUCUUAAAGCGCAUCACCUCAAAGAGUUUUACAAGCGACAGCAGCAGAUCAACGCGCAGUUGCCGGCAAAGAAUUGCAAAGAGCUCCUCACGCAGCAGUUGGCGCUCCAGCAGCUCGUGCACAUCCAACAGCAUCUUCAUUUUCAGCACCAGCAAUUAGUCUGUUCCUCUGCAGCAAAUAACAGCUCCGUGGGGUCCAAGCACGUUUGGAAGGCAGUGGCAAAAAAAGGAGCGGCCAACGACGGCGAUCAUAACGGCGCUGAUAAAAAGAAGACCGCCGAUGAGGGACAGACGCCAACCCUCCUGUCAUGUUUUCCUCAAAAGUGCUCAAGCGAAGCCGACUUAACGGCGACAAAUGUCCUCUACGGUCACGGCGUGUGCAACUGGCCCGGGUGCGAGUCCGUCUGCCCGACCUACAGUCAGUUUCUCAAGCACAUGCGCCGCGAGCACACACUGGACGACAGAAGCGCAGCUCAGUGCCGGGUCCAGAUGCAAGUGGUCCACCAGCUUGAGGGUCAGCUGCUCAAAGAACGAGAGCGCCUGCGAGCAAUGACGGCCCACCUCCAGCUGACGCCCACCGCGGAAUCCCGCUGCGCACCCGCGGGGCCACGUUCGAGCCCGCGAGAUGCGUCGGUCCACCAGAGCUGUCCGCAGUCCAGCUCGGUCAGCCGCGACUCGCCCUCGCCGACUCCCCAUCGCCUUCCGGCCCCCGCCGGCACCCCGCGGCAGGAAGGACCCCCUCGCCCGCCGUGCGUUGAUGCCGCGAGACGCCGCCGUCACCGGUUGGCCUACUCUGCAGAAAAAGAAGACGAGCUCUACAAGAACCCCGACGUCAGACCGCCUUUUACAUACGCAACCUUAAUUAGACAGGCCAUCCUGGAAUCGGCAGACACGCAGCUGACGCUGAACGAGAUCUACGCUUGGUUCACGAGGACCUUCGCCUUCUUCCGCCGCAACGCCGCAACGUGGAAGAAUGCUGUGCGCCACAAUCUGAGCCUGCACAGAUGCUUCGUGCGCGUGGAGAACGCCAAAGGCGGCGUGUGGACGGUGGACGAGGCCGAAUACCAGCGCCGGAGGUCCCAGAAGAUGGCGGGGAGUCCGCUAUCGAUGAAGACCGUCCACUUUGGGUCCGUUUUGAACGCCGGCUUACAGGUCGGUAGGGAAAAUCGAUUGUUGCAACGGAAAACGGUCGUGGAGACACUUUUAAGACGGAUUUUGUCUCCUAGACGACGUUUAGAGACGCCACAUCGGGGGGAUUCGAAUGCGGGAACGGCAAAAGUUUGGAUGCGCCCCCGCAGCGGUGUCAUUUGGACACGUUACACAGUCACCACAGAGAAGCUGCGACGGGAGACAACGGCGCUCCGCUACCGGACGGGACUCGAAUCAACGCCAAAGACUUGUUGUGACUCCUCACGCUCACGCACAGCAACAAUAUUGGCUGUUAAGCAAUUUUUUAAAAAAUGGUUAUGGCUUAAAUUGUGGAAAUCCAGCGAUGUUCUGCACUACUUUUGAGUCUUCCACGAUCCUCACGUACAUGUUUUGAGGAUGCGUGACAAAGUGCUUUUGAUACUAAUUACUCUUUGGUACUGGAAAGUAGUAGUUUCACUUUUUAAAAAAAUAAAAAUAAAAAGCUGUUAUUGUUGUCCGAUGUAUCGUGCGUCACUUGUCUCCUUAAUAAACUGCUUAUAAUCACUUGAUUACUGACUGCAAAAUAAUGUUAUUUUAUUCACACAUUUAAUAUGGAAAUAAAGUGUUUUAUGUCUCGGUGAAGUGAGUCACAUUUUUUUUUUAAAAGUGAAACAAUCAUUGAUAAAGAAAUUAAGUCAGUCAAACAACUAAGUCAGGUGUUACUCAAGGUUAUUACUGAAAGUUGACACCCCACCCCAAAAAAUGCAAUUCAACAGCAAGAGCGACCCCAACAAGCUCGAAAUAUUGGAUGAAAGAGAAACGAGAACCGUCCAGUUGCCUUGAUUCAUUUUUUUUUGUGGA